UCUUUCUCUAUCUCAUGUAUACGUCUCUGCCAUCACAUUGCUCAGGCUGAUAUAAUCAGUAAAUCAGUCUAAGAGUAGUACUACAAAUAUCUGUUCAAAAAACUUUAGAUAAGAAAAAAGAGAUCAGGAAUUAAGAUCUUAAUUACAAGAUGAGGAAGCGGCAGGUGAUCCUGAGAAGACAAGAACCAUCCGAUGGUUCCACAACUUCAUCUGUCACCGUUCGGACAGUGAGAUAUGCGGAGUGCCAAAAGAAUCAAGCAGCUAGCAUCGGAGGUUAUGCGGUUGAUGGCUGCAGGGAGUUCAUGGCCAGUGGGGAGGAAGGGACAGCAGCAGCACUUACUUGUGCUGCCUGCGGCUGCCACAGGAGCGACCACAGAAGGGAAGUGGAGGCUGAUGUAGGGUACGAGCGUGCUUGAUCCCCUUCUUCAAAUUGGUCUUAGAGAUAAUAUUAUUGAAUCCAUUUUCAAUCGAAGUGUGCCGUUUAUCUUUAUCUUCUUUUUUUUUUUUUUUUUGGGUUUCUGAUGGUUGUUGAGAUAUAUAAUAAAUAUAUGAAUGGAUUAUCAUGAUGUAUAUACUGAAUUGCAGCGUAUUUCAUUUGUGGAUUUGGAUUGAGUAUCGUUUUUUUAUCAAGUUUUUAUAACUUGUGUAGAAAACGUACU